GCGCUACGGUCAUUUGCUGACACUUCAGCCGACCAGAUGAUGCUGGGGCCUGAAGCUGAAGCUUUGAGGUGGUUCUUGUUGCCGUCCGAAGCGCGGCAACAGCUCCUGCAAACUGGCGACCCUGCGCAGCCUUCAGCUAUUCCAGUUAUAGCAACUGUCAUGAAUGGCAACGCUUCGGGCACGGAAACAAAUGGCAACGUUUCGUGCGUGACAACGAAUGGCAACGCUUCGGGCAUGGCAACAAAUGGCAACGCUUCGGGCAUGUCAACAAAUACUGACGCAGCGGAUACGGCAACAAACGACAACUCGAGCGCUUUAAAUAAUGAAAGAAAAAGCCUGGCUGCGAGCGCCUUACUUGGACACGUUAGUGAAGCGACCGUUGAGCCCUCGAAUGAUUUUAUUGACGCGCCCUCCACCCAGUAUACCCAGCCUAUCAUUCCUCAUCUCAAUGGUCCCCAGCCUAUCAUUCUUCAUCUCAAUGAUCCCCAGCCUGACAUCCCUCCCCCGUGUGGCCCCAAAGCCCCAUUUCACCCCGUGUCAUACCCGCUGUCAAAGGAGGAAGCAGGGAAGCGGGCAGACUUUGUGUGGCAGCAGCCCGCGCGUCUGCACUACUGGCCCCCGCCGUGCGGGUGCUCAGUGCCCCACAACGAACACGAUGCAGAGGGCGACACCGAGAUCUUGGGGGCGUUUCUUGAUGGAAAACAGCGAGAAAACAGGCA